UGGAGGUUCAGCUUUGCUCCAUGACCAAUUGAAGGGGGAGGGAGAAACAGGCUUUUGUUCUUGAUGGUGUGCCUCCCCUUUGAAGGGUCGUCGUGGUGUUAUGCAAAAAAAAAAAAAGAAAUGUGUAGUUGCAAGGGCCAUUUUAGUUGUUGAGCAAGUUCUUGUCGACGUUCCUCUGAAAAACACGAAACACUUACACAAAACACACACAUUCUCUGGACUAAACGAACGUGAUUUGGGACCACACACGACAAUCAGACUUGAACUUGCGUGAAGUAGACGAGAGCCUCUGGACAAGAAACUAAGGUUCAUUGGUCUCUUCCCCUCAACAAUCAACGAGUCUAUGGGCUUUGGUCAGGCGGUUGUGGGCCCACCGGGGUCUGGCAAGACGACCUAUUGCUGGGGAUUACAACAGUAUUUCAGGGCGAUUUCCCGGCCGAUCUUGGUCAUCAAUCUUGAUCCGGCAGCCGACCAAUUAUCGUAUGAGGCGGCGAUCGACAUCCGGGAUUUGAUCCGACUGGAGGAAGUGAUGGAGUUCCAUCGACUCGGGCCGAAUGGCUCGAUCCUCUUCUGUCUCGAAUUCCUCGAGAAAAACUUCGAUUGGUUUGCCGAGAAACUCUCCCAACUCACCUCGCCCUCAUCCUCCUCUGAAUCAUCAAAAGGCCCAGCUUCCCCUGCCUCUCUCGCUCAGGAAAUCGAUUAUAUCGUCUUGGACUUGCCUGGCCAGGUCGAGAUCUCCACCGACCAUGAGAGCUUGAAAAACGUGCUUCAUAAGCUCGAGAAGCUGGAUUGGAGAUUAGCAGUCGUCCAAUUAACAGAUUCAACUCACAUCGUCGAUCCUAUCAAAUAUAUCUCAAUCGUCCUCUUGAACCUCAAAACUAUGUUGCAUCUCGGCCUUCCUCAAGUCAACGUCCUAACCAAAAUCGAUCUGUUGAAGCACUUUAACGAGGAUUUCAAAUUGAAGUUGGACUUUUAUACCGAUGUACAAGAUCUAUCUUAUCUUUUGCCAUUGCUAGAGAACCAAAUUUCACCUAAAUUCGCGAAUUUAAAUAAAGCGAUCAUCGAGUUGAUCGAAGAUUUUAACUUGGUAGGAUUUGAAAGCUUAUGUGUAGAAGACAAAACGUCGAUGACGAAGCUCAUCCUAACGAUCGACAAAGCGCUAGGAUAUUAUCCGAGCCAUCGACCGAGUCUAGCCGAUCCGAGGGGUGUUCCGAAGACGACGACGAGCAGUGAGGGGGCGCAAGUGGUGGGCGAGCCGGAUGCGAUGGCCAUCGAGGCCCAGCUCGGCCCGUCCUCCGGAUUGCUGACCGAGAUCCAGGAACGAUGGAUCGAUUAUCCCGAGCUCUACGAUCACUUCCAACGCCAACUUUGGGCUGACGAAUCCCAACUCGUCCAGCAAAGAGCCUCUCAACUUAGCCAAAUUCAUGCCAUUCAGAAAAAUAAACAGAGCCCUUGAUCUCUUCUUCCUUCCUCUGGGUUUCUACCUGUGUUUUCAAAUUGUUCAUACUUGCUCAGCCAUAUCCUUUCGAAAAAUAAAUCAGUUUCCUUGUUGCACUUUAAUUUUUUUCUACACAAUCAUCAUUCUCUUAUUUUUGUACGAUUAUUCUAUUACAUCUUUCUAUCUUUUCAUUUCUCUCCUCCAUCUUUUCACAUUUUUCUUUUGCAGAAAUUCGGAAAUCAUCUCACGGUUAUAUAUUUGAUGGGACUUCCAUGUUUGGUGUUUUUUUUUUUCUAUCUACAUAUCACAUUGCCUCUGUUUUACGAUUUCUACUUAUCUUUGGAUGUUUAUUUAGUUUUGUUGGAAUGUAGGGAAAUGAGGACAGAGUAAUACAAACCAGAAUGGGCUGUUAAAAGACGAUUGAAUCACCGACAAAAGAACAACAUCAGAAAAGGAGAGACUCGACAGGUAAUACUACGAAAGAGGCCGGUCAAAGACAAACAAGAUACCGCAAGCAAAAAAGAGAGAAAGAAGAAGAAGAAGAAAUGAUAUAAAUCAAUCAGAAGCUACAUCCUCAUCAUCCGAGGGCGCGUCCCGAGGACCAGACGAGUCGUCCUCGCUGGCG